UAGACCACAAUGCCUCGGUUCCUUGUUGGACGCCGAAGGAAAGCGGUGGACCACGUGAUUCCUUACCCAAACAUGGCGGCCAAAGAGCGCAGAGAUCAGACUAUCAACGCGAAAUUAUGUAUCGGAAAUUAUGUGCUUGGAACAACUUUGGGUGUUGGAACGUUUGGAAAAGUAAAAUUGGCAGUUCAUCAGCUGACAGGCCACAAAGUAGCUGUGAAAAUCCUAAACAGACAGAAGAUCAAGAAUCUUGAUGUUGUCGGCAAAAUAAGGAGGGAGAUUCAAAACUUAAAACUCUUUAGACAUCCUCAUAUCAUAAAAUUAUAUCAAGUGAUCAGUACUCCAUCUGAUAUAUUUAUGGUAAUGGAAUAUGUAUCUGGAGGAGAAUUGUUUGACUACAUCCUUAAACAUGGAAAGCUUCAAGAGAAGGAGGCUCGAAGAUUUUUCCAGCAAAUCAUAUCUGGAGUGGAUUACUGCCAUAGACAUAUGGUAGUCCACAGGGACCUUAAACCUGAGAAUCUCCUUCUGGAUGCCCAAGCAAAUGUAAAAAUAGCAGACUUGGGAUUAUCUAACAUGAUGACAGAUGGUGAAUUCCUCCGAACAAGUUGUGGAUCACCAAAUUAUGCAGCCCCUGAAGUCAUAUCUGGAAAACUUUAUGCUGGUCCAGAGGUAGAUAUAUGGAGCUGUGGGGUGAUUCUUUAUGCCCUUUUAUGUGGAAGUCUUCCCUUUGAUGACGAACAUAUUCCGACUCUAUUCAAAAAAAUUAAAGGAGGUGUAUUUUAUAUACCAUCACAUCUGUCAUCAGAGACAAGCAGUUUGGUAUCAUCAAUGUUACAAGUUGAUCCCAUGAAGAGAGCGACAAUGCAGCAAAUAAAGAAUCAUGAUUGGUUCAAAAAGGAUCUCCCAGUUUACCUGUUCCCAUCGUCUUGCUUAGAAAGUGAUAUGGUAGACCAGGAGUGCGUAGCAUCAGUGUGUGAGAAACUAAACUGUAGCGAAAGUGAUGUUCGUUGGGCAAUAAAAAAUGGAGAUCCUCAUGACCAACUGAAGAUUGCUUAUCAUCUGAUACUGGACAACAAGAGAAUGAAAAUGUUAGCUCAAGGAGAGGGCAAUGUAAAGGACUUCUUCACAUCUAUUUCACCUCCCAUAUCCUCCUUCCUUGUGAAGGAACCAGCAUCACCUUUGCGAAGUGCUAUGUCUUCAAGUGAAAGCAUUCCCAAUACAGCCACGAAUAAAGCAAGAUCCAAUUCUAAUCCAACAACACCUUCAAAAAAAAUCCCAUACCUGAGGCUGGCACUUGGAAAGCGACCGAAGUGGCAUUUGGGCAUUCGAUCACAGAGCAAGCCAAAUGAUAUUAUGGGUGAAGUGUACCGCGCCAUGAUGUCUUUAGGUUAUGAGUGGAAAAUCAUAAACCCCUUUAAUUUAAGAGUGCUUCGAAGAAACAGGAUUACUGGAAAAUUUACGAAGAUCGCCGUUCAGUUGUACCAGGUCGAUCAUAAAAGUUAUCUCCUGGACUUCAAAAGCAUUCCCACCCCGGAAAACCCUCCAGAACACUCAGAAGGAACACUAUCGGGAAAGUCGUCCAGAAAAUCGUCUGCAAACUCCUCGUUUAACAGCCUCAAAGACUCCGACAGUUUCAAGAGUCAUACUGGCUCACAUCACACGAUGGAAUUCAUGGAAAUGUGUGCGAGACUGAUUAUCGCUCUUGCCUGCUAACGAACUUAAAAUAAGUUCAGUGGUGGUGGAUUGCGGGUAAAGUGAUGAGGUCACCACUUGGUUGACGUCGGCGUGUUUCCGAACUUCGAUUGCAGAAGCAGACUUCUUGAAUUCGAAGGCUUAACUUUUUCAUCCCUCGACUUCAACUUAAAUUCAAUUCGUUGGACUUUGUGCUAAUUGCAUCUGCUAACCGAGUCCAACACAUUUCUGACUGGUUUGUUUUCUCGCACGAAAAGUGCGGUAUCAACCAAUCAAACACCGCAGAUCUGUACAAUUAUGUAAUUAGAUCUAAUUCUUUGGAGUUUGUUUUCAACGCAAGAGAAUGUUUACCCAGCAGUUUUUCAUUGACGAAAUGGAACCAGGAAUGAACUUGCAAAAAGACGUUAACGAAUUUUGAUUCAUAGGGAGAAUCUAGAAAAGGAACUUUAACUUAAUGAGACAACUGUCAUAUGAACUGUUUUUGAUAAAUGUUUUAGGUAUUGGGUACUUUUUUAAAUAAACAGAAAAAGAAGAAGAAGGAAACAAUUGGCGGUGUACCGGCUAUUAUCAAGACAAAAAAACAGAACGUUACUUGCUUCCUUGAAAUUUUCUAUUUGGAUCGAACAGUAUUAUAUAGUUUAUCCACUUUGAUAGUUAAGACUCUGGUUUGAACUCUGUUUGGGGAGGUGCAUUGUGCUCCUUUGGUAUAUAUGAUUUUUUCCCAUGUUUAAAAUUAGUAGACAUGAGGUAAAUAAGGUACAAUUCGUAGCCCCUGGGGCACAUAACUGACAGGAGCUUUAGUGGAAUAGUGGGAUGGUUAACGUGAAUCUUCAAAGUACAUUUAUUUUUAUGAAUUCCAUAUCUUCGUUAUUUAUGACAUUCAUUCUCAGCAUGAGCACACCAUCAUCUUAAGUUUCUUUUCGUAAAAAAAUUGUAAAUAGAAAUUUUUGGGAAAAAAAUGAAAAGCGUGUUAUUGUCAUUGUGAACAUUUAGUGUUUUUUUAUUUCAAUGUAUAAACAUGUAGUUGUUAUCACACCAUAAACACAAGGCUGUUUUGAAGGUCUCGUGGUGAGAUUUAAGACUGGUUACUUUUGUGGGAGAGAUUCCAACUUACUGGCCGAAAUGAAAAAAUCUAGUUUCAUUAUUAGAAGUGUCCUCGCAGUAAGUUGACUGUUUUGUUGAUGCGGGAUAAUGUUCCCUUUGUUACUAAGAUCGAUCACAGGGAUUGGCGAACAUAUGCGGGAAAUCCAGACAAAUAGUUGACGUAAUUUACGGUUCAAAAACUAGCCGUUGGAGCAAAUUUCAAGUGAGUGUCCAAUGUGAUCGGGAAAUACUUUUACCUUAUAAUUUUCAUUGCUCGUUGACUGAUUCAGAAAACCAUGGGCACUCUCAGCCAGUGAAGCUCGUACUUCCUAGGGUUUCGAGUAGUUUACUUGGAUUUAUUUUGGGUUCUUAGAUUUUUUUUCGGUGUCAUAAUCGGCCGUUUGUUUACUUUCGUCUAGCUUAUCUACACUCAAUCGAGAUUCGCUCCAAUCUAUGGCUUGUUGAGAUU